CCGAGCGAGCUGAGCCGACUGCUUGGCCAAGAACAGGCAGCUGCAACGCGCCCUGAGCCAGACUGCGGAGCCUCCACUGCUUCCCCGAACGCUGUGACCCGCGACCCCAGGCCCCGCCUCCUUUUGGCUCGGCCCCCGCGCCCCAGGCCCGGUCCGGGGGGCGCGACGAUAGGAUGAGCGGCGGGAGGCGGAAGGAGGAGCCGCCUCAGCCGCAGCUGGCCAACGGGGCCCUCAAAGUCUCUGUGUGGAGCAAGGUGCUGCGAAGCGACGCGGCCUGGGAGGACAAGGAUGAGUUUUUAGAUGUGAUCUACUGGUUCCGACAGAUUAUCGCUGUGGUUCUAGGUGUCAUUUGGGGAGUGUUACCAUUGCGAGGUUUCUUGGGAAUAGCAGGGUUCUGCCUGAUCAAUGCAGGAGUCCUGUACCUCUACUUCAGCAACUACCUACAGAUAGAUGAAGAAGAAUAUGGUGGCACAUGGGAGCUCACGAAAGAAGGGUUUAUGACAUCUUUUGCUUUGUUCAUGGUCAUCUGGAUUAUCUUUUACACUGCCAUCCACUAUGACUGAUGGUGUACUGUCCCCACCUGCUCCCUGUCGGGUCCAAAGGAUUCUCUUAGUUAUAGCAUGAAACAUGGUUAUAGGGGCACCUCAGCCACAUGGAACCUGGAAGACCCAUGUUUCCUGGACCGAGAAUCAGUGUGUUGGGCGUCAGUGUUUUCUGCAAGGGUUGUGACCUGAAACUUUUUAAAGAACCAUCCACCUUUGGGAAAGCAUUUCUAAUUGUCCAUCACCAAUCAUUUCUUCUUGGAUACCAUCAUUGGAAACACUUGUUUGCAGAUUGAAGCUGUCGUUUAAUUUGAUGCAUCUCUGGAUCCGGAUGAAACAUUAAAUUGUCUUCCUCACUUCUCCAUCAGGUGUACAAUUUUUAAACUGUCAGUGGCAUUUCAAGUCUUCCAAAAACAUUAUGGCAAUAUGUGCGUGGUCCAUAGCACAAUAUAAGCAGCAUCUGAUAACAGUUUCCAUUGUAGAAUGUUUUCAGAUACUUGAAUAAAUCAGAUCUUUAAUUGACAA